AAACAAUCUAAAGAACUCACUCUUUCCUGUCGGAACAACAAUACGAAGCAAAAAAAAAAGAAAAAAAAAAUCCCAGAGAUGUCGAUGAUGUCAGCGUCUUCGGCGUUUGUUUUGACGGCUAACGUCACGGCGGCCACCGGCCCUUCGUCUUCCAGGAACUCAGUGUCUUUCUUACCGAUGAGAAGGGCUGGUUCUAGACUUGUAGUCAGAGCAGCCGACGAGGCCGCUCCGGGAACAUCUUCUUCAGAAGGUGCACCAGCAACUGACGUGGCUCCGGCUGGAGCUGCUGCCACCAAACCCAAACCGCCUCCGAUCGGCCCUAAGAGAGGGUCCAAGGUCAAGAUCCUAAGGAGAGAAUCCUACUGGUUCAAGAACGUUGGAGCAGUUGUGGCCGUUGAUCAGGAUCCGAAGACUCGGUACCCUGUUGUGGUCCGGUUCGCGAAAGUGAAUUACGCCAACAUAUCGACCAACAACUACGCAUUGGACGAGGUUGAAGAAGUCAAAGCUUAAAAAAUGAGAGCUGAAAAACAAUUGUGUGUUGGUUUAAUGUUUAUACCAUUCUAUCUGUCUGUAACUCGACUUAUGUACCGACAAGUUUUACCAUUAUUUAAUUCUCGAGUCAGAAAACAAUUACAUCA